AUGGAGCGAGUGCCGGCGGUGCCGAGGCUCCGCCAAGGUCCCUGACGUGGGGAGAGCUGCUAUUUGCUAGCUUCCAACUUGUGGUUCUCCCCUGAGGUUUGUAGAACAGCCACUCUUAGACUUGUCAUGGAAUUAAAGAAAACUACAUCCAGGGCGUACAAUGCUGCUCUCCUGCUGCCACUUUUCCUCUUAUUUUGGGGAACUUCAUACUCUGAAAAUGAUAGCAGCUGUUCCUCAUCCCCAUGUGAAAAUGGUGGGAGCUGUAUGGAUUUGGAGGGGGGUUACCAGUGCACCUGCCCCAUGGAGCCUGUAGCCUACGAGGGCGUAAACUGUGAACUCCUCUAUGACGCAUGCAUUAAACAUGACUGUCCUGCCCAUAUGAUUUGCAACAGGACUCCAGGACUCCUGGAAUAUGAAUGCAUCUGUAUGCCUAGCUUCACAGGUAUUGAUUGUAACAUUAAUAUUAAUGAGUGUGAGAGCAACCCUUGUACAGAUCCUCGUUUUGAAUGUGUAGAUAGUGUAAAUGGAUACACCUGUAAAUGCCAAACAGGACUGAAUGGAGAAGGCUGCCGAACAGAAAGCUCUGUGUGCUCUAGCCACCCCUGCCUAAAUAAUGGGACAUGUGUCGAGGGUCCUGGGGACUAUACCUGCAUCUGCCAGCCUGGCUUCACCGGGGCCAACUGCAGAGACAACAUUGAUGAGUGCGUCUCCAACCCCUGCCAGAACGGAGCCAUCUGCCGAGACAGGGUGAAUGAGUAUAGCUGUUUCUGUGUGCCUGGGUUCCAAGGAUACAACUGUGAAAUAGACAUCAACGAGUGUGCGUCUCGGCCCUGUAAAAACAAUGGCACCUGCCUGAAUGAGAUGGAUCACUAUUUGUGCAAGUGCGUCCCCGGCUACACAGGUAUGAACUGUGAUGCUGAAAUAGAUGAAUGUGAUUCAGACCCUUGCCAGAAUGGGGCCUUGUGCAAUGAUCACGUUGGGUUCUACACCUGCACCUGUGCACCAGGUUACCAAGGAAUCCAGUGCGAGGUGGACAUCAAUGAAUGUGUGAGCCAACCAUGCCAGCACAAUGGCACAUGUCAUGACUUCAUUAACAGCUACCGUUGUGACUGCAGUGACACAGGCUUCGAGGGGGACCAUUGUGAGUUGGAUAUCCUGGAGUGUGCCUCUGAACCCUGUCUGAACAGUGCCACGUGUGUGGAUGGAAUCAAAAACUACAGCUGUGCCUGUUGGCCAGGUUACACAGGGCAGCACUGUGAAGAAGAUGUGGAUGAGUGUGCAACAGAUCCCUGUCACAAUGGGGGUGUCUGCUAUGAGCGAUCCAACCAAACCUAUUAUGGAACACGACCUGACUUCCCCAGUAAUUUCAGCUAUAGCCAAGCAGCUGGUUUUCUCUGUUGGUGCCAACCAGGCUUUGCAGGGGAGACCUGCUUUACUAACAUUGAUGAGUGCGAGUCCCAGCCGUGUCAGAAUGGAGGGCUCUGCGUGGACCUUAUUAAUGGCUUCCUUUGUCAUUGCCUACCGGGUUAUUCAGGUGUGGAAUGUGCUGUUAACAUCAAUGAGUGUGAGGAGGGUCCCUGCAAGAAUGGAGCUGUCUGUGAGGAUGGCAUUGCUGACUAUACCUGCCACUGUGCCCCUAGCCAGGAUGGCAUUAUAUGGGGAGGGAAGAACUGCUCUGUCAAGCUCACUGGGUGCCAGACGCACGACUGCCAAAAUGAGGCCUUGUGCAUCCCAACCUACCAAGCUGAGAGCCACGGCCACCUGUGCCAGUGCCAGCCUGGUUUCUAUGAUGCCACAUGCUCAACACCAACAACGUUUUCCUUUGCUUCCAGAGGGUAUCUCCUCAUUGAGCUGCCCAUGAACAAUCAGAGCAGGAGGGACGUAGCAGGAGAUCAGCUUGUCAGCGUGUCCCUCCGGUUCCGAACCACCUUGCCCAGCGCUAUCCUUUUUUACCGAGGCCGUGAAGCUGAAUGCUUGUUCCUGGAGCUCUUUGAUGGCAUUCUGCAUGCAGGACUGAAGAGGGAGGAUAUUGGGUACCCGCUGCUCCUGGAGGGGCUGAGAGUUGAUGAUGGCCAGUGGCAUAAAGUUGAAGUUGUUCUGCACAGCACUCUGCAGCUAAAGCUCUGGCAUGACUCUUGUGAUGCAGGUGUUUGCCUGCAGAGCUCUCCUGUCCCACCUGGCACUGCUUUGAUCCCACACGCCUUCCUGAAUAUGUAUGUUGGAGGUGCUGAGGAUCCAAUGGCCAACAAUACACAGAGCCAGCAAGGCUUUGUUGGCUGCCUGGAAGACUUUCAAGUAGAUGAUGAAGCUGUGCUCCCGCUGGGUCUGCCUGUGGGUGAGUCCUCCCCGGUGAAGCGGGGCUGUGACCGGACAGAGUGGUGCCUCUCCCAACCCUGCUUUCACGGAGGGCUGUGUGUGGAUCUUUGGGCAACCUUCAGGUGCGACUGUUCUAGGCCUUACGGAGGCCCAGCUUGCUCACAUGAACGCCCAGCAGCAACAUUUGGCUUAGAGAAUUCCACCAGUUUUGCCUCUUUCACCCUUUCUGAUGAUCUUGGUGCAAACUUCAACAUCUCCUUUUUCAUUCGUAGUCGGAAACCUAGUGGUUUGGUAUUGCAAAUCAGCAAUGAAACUGACCCCUGCCUCACCAUAUACUUGAAGAAUGGCAAGCUGAAGAUAGAGGUGGUAUCUGCAGAUACUGUGACGUUUCCGGAGAAUUUAGUUGAUGGGAGAAGACAUUUAGUAGCCCUGUCUUUCCAAGGAGGAAUUGUUGGUGCUUACCAAUCAGACACGUACCUGGAGCUAGGACAGCUUGUAGUGAGACCUCUUUUAGCUGGUUAUGAAGUGCAUAUUGGUGGGCAUCCUAACCCAGACAGCGCUGAUAUGUGGGGAGGCUAUUUUAAAGGCUGUUUGCAAGACAUCCAACUGAACAGCCACCACAUACAGUUUUUUCAGGUUGAGAACUACAGUCUGCCACAGGAACUCAAUAGGACUCAAAAUGGUAAUCUUGUGAAUGGUUGCAUCUCUGAUAACACCUGCAAGUCUGAACCAUGUCAGAAUGGUGGCAGAUGCAUUGUCACUUGGAAUGAUUUCCAUUGCAGCUGUCCAGCAAAUUUCACUGGGAAAUUUUGUGAAGAGAGGGUCUGGUGUGAAAGUGACCCAUGUCCUGAAGCUACCACCUGUAUAGAUGUUCUAGCAGGAUAUGUGUGUCUGGCUAAUGCAACAUUUAAUAGUUAUGCUGCCAUUGAAUUUACCACCAAUACAUCAGUGACUAGAACUCUGAGCAGCCUCCACGUGGAUUUCAGAACCAGGGACGAAGAUGCUGUUUUGCUUCGGGCUGUGGAAGAAGUGGAUUCCCUCCAGAUAGCCAUUAAGAACUCCUCCCUGCUUGUUGACAUCAGGACUGGGAAUAGCAUUGAAGGCGUCAGCUUCCUGAGUCAGAAGUCCGUCACGGACGGUGCCUGGCACACCAUCUCUGUGUCUAUGGAAGAGCCAUCCGCGCUUUCUUCCAGAUGGCUGGUUCGUCUGGACGGGUCCGUUAAUAUGACUCUGCAGGGAAAUGCUGGGAACUUGGACUUCCUAAAGAACAAUGCACUGAUUGUUCUAGCUGAAAACUUCACUGGCUGCCUAGGACAAGUGAAGAUAGGGGGGAUCUACCUGCCAUUCACUGCCCCCCUCUCGUACCCCCAGCCAGAACAGUUCCAGCAGACCAGUAGAAGGACCAUCCAGCUGGGCUGCGCUGGGGCUGAUGUUUGCGCAUCCAGCCCUUGCCUCAAUGCCGGCACCUGCGAGGACUUGUUCAAUUCCUUCCGCUGUGCCUGUGGUGCUGGCUGGGGGGGGCUGCUGUGUGAGUCCAACAUUGAUGACUGCCAGUCAAGCCCAUGUGUUCACGGGGACUGUGUCGAUGCAGUAGCAGAUUUUCAGUGCGAAUGCUUCCGGGGAUUCAUUGGGAAGAAGUGUGACAUCAACGUUGAUGACUGUGUGCGGCACCAGUGCCUAAAUGGAGCUACCUGCAUUGAUGGGGUUUAUGGCUACUCCUGCAAGUGCCCCCCCCAGUAUUCAGGACCUCGCUGCGAGUGGCCGUUCCCACCCGAGCAAUGUGGUAAGAACUUCACCUGUCUGAAUGGUGGCAAAUGCAUCAGCGAGACCUGGGGAGCCAACUGCACUUGCAAGCCAGGUUUUACUGGAAGGAAUUGUCAAAUUAAUAUAAACAAGUGUGAUCCAAACCCUUGCCAGAACGGAGGUACAUGUCAAGACUCUGAGAACAAGUACGAGUGUUUGUGCAGUGCCAGCUACACGGGAGAGCGCUGUGACAUUAACCAGCCGGUGUGGGCACAUCUUAGCAACUCCUCCGUUGUGGGAGCAGUCGGGGCUGCAGGGGCUGCCCUUCUCCUUGCAGUUGUUGCAGCCACAGCGAUUGCGAUGAAGAGGAGGAGAGCAACUCAGGGAACAUACAGCCCAAGCCGUCAAGAAAAAGAUGGGGCUCGAGUGGAAAUGUGGAACGUAAUCAAGAUGCCACCAACUGAGAGACUGAUAUAAGAACUGGGAUCACACAAUAGCUGCCCUGUCAUCCUUUAACAGUCACGGAACUGCUGCAGUGUCUCUGUCUUAGGUCUUGAGAUGUGGUUUUUUUUUUGUUUUUUUUUUAGGACAGGUCUGUACUGCUUUAAGCUACUUCAUAGGCUACAGGCAACUGCCUGCUGUUACUUGGCAGGAAGAUUAAACUGCUUGACCGAGCUUGGUUAUUGCAGCUCAUCCCAGAAAAGAUUUGUAUACAUGUGGUCUGCCAGCGAGAACAGUGAAGCCUCAGAGGAAAAAAAAGCUCUGGACAGGCCAGUGGAGCAGAGGCAGCACCCGUGGCAGCAGAGGGAGGGAGCACACCAUAGUGCUGCGGGUCACCACUGGCCAGCUGUGCAGGGCUCAGCUUUGUGCCUCUGCCGCUCCCUCAGUCAUGCCAGGGCUCAAAGCUGUAGUAACUGUCAAGGCCAUGCAAUCAACAUAAAAGGCACCAUGCAAAUAAGUGAGGCUGGUCUAAUUAAUGGGAAUUAAAUCACUGUAUUAAGAAAUAAUGUGAAUGAUGUGGUGGUUUCAAAAAAAAGGUGCCUGUGCCUCCUCUGCAAAGCUAAGACAGGUGACUGACUGAUGGGAGAUACGUCCUAGAGCUGCUGCUGUCCUUCCCUAACUAGGCCAGUUACCAUUACCUUACCAGAAAAGAAUCAUAGAAUCAUGUAAGUACCACUCUGCUAUAUUAGAUACUUCUACUACAUCUUUUCCUACGACUAGACUAAACCAUAGGAAUAUUUUAAGUGCCUUCCUGAGACUGAGUUACCAGUUACAGUAUUAGCUUUGUUGAAAGGAGGAUGUUUGUAUGUAGGAAAACCAGUGACUGAUCAGAUUUUGCAACAAGGUGGAUGUUAGCAGGCUGGCUGGUUUUCCGCAUCUGCUCCUGGCUGCAGUGGCUGCACCCCCCUGGAGUGGCACUCAGCAGCGUGACCACAGACUGGGCCUUAGUAAGAGAUUUAAUGUUUGAACAGCAAGAGGUACGUGCUCGUGUGAGGAGGGGAGACAGAGAUAUUUCACGACACAUCAUCCCCCCCCCCAAACCACACGGGACAGACAGGUUUGGGCUUGUCAAUACAGAAGGGUGGAAUUCAGUUAACUAAUAUAGUGACCUUUAACACAAAACCAGGGGUUGUGUUGUAGUGAGACACAGCAUUCAUCUUCUACAUUGCCCUACAAAGGAUAUUUAUUUUGUGGCUUUACCUCUCCUUCAUUACUGUUUUAGCUGUUGUGUGCUAUUUCUUCUUUAGCAUAACGUGGCAGAGCCUGUAAAAAGAAACCGCAGCAGAGCAGGCCAUGUAAGGGCUAAAAUUAUUACCAUUUCAAGAUAAUUACUACAACUAUCAAUGAGAAAUAUUUUAUAAAACAGUGUCUGCUUUUAAAUCUCCAAAAUACUAUUAAUCAGCAAGGUGUGAAUCUGCCCACAAUAGCUAAUAGGCACCAGAAGAAAAUACUAUUCUGUUUUGCUCUUAAUUUUUUUUUUUUUUUUUUACACUGUAGCUGUAAAUUUCUCUGUAAUUCUAAGCAAAGGGAAGAGUACAAAACUACUGAUCAGGUCUGUCCACUUAAGAACAGGUCUUCUGCACAUGUGCAACUGCUGCUGUAAGAUGAAGAAUGAAAAUUUUGGAAAAUAGAAAAAAAACCAAACCACUGGGCAACAAGACAAUUACUAUUUUGUGUGUAAGAGCAUGUUCCUCUAAUACUGGGGAAAAGCUGAAAGAGCAAGUGGUGUUUCCCCCGGCCAUGGUUUGGAAAGGACUCGGACAUAGUAUUGAUAAAGAAAGAAAUGACCUAACUUCAGUUCAAGGAGCUUGCUAUCGCUUUUAUUUAUUUAUUAGUAAUAACACUGCUAUUACUUUUAAUAUGAAUGAUUUGCUCUGUCUAUUUUCCAGAUGCUAUUUAGAAAGGUGUAACACACUUUCAGAAUACAGGCAGUUAUACAGCCCAGUCACCUUGCUGCGCUGGAAUUAGUCAAACUGCACACCGUAGGGAAAAGGGGAGUACAGUUUUGCUCAGCAGCAUUUGUGUGAGAGGAGAAUAAGCAAACGAAGCCGGCAGCUUUUCUGGGAGAGUAGGGCUGGAAGGGCAGGCCCCACAUGCCGAGCUGGGUCCUGUGUCUGCAGAAACAGAAAUUCACCCUUGGGCUGAGCAGGCCCCUGUCUGAGGGUGGGCUCAUCUCCUGGUGAGGACGGACUGGUGGAGCCUGGGGCAGCAGCAGUGGGCUGCUCUGGGGCAGAGCCCCAUGGCCCGGCCUCUACGUCAGUGCAUAGGUAGGUGUGCUCUCCUUCGUCCCAUAGUGACCUGCAGUAAACCGACAGCAGGCUCAGGAUACGCUCUUUCUGGAUACUCAGACCUGAUGAACCUCCAGGGUGCUGCCAGGAGAGGCGUGUACAUUUACUUUGUAGCUCUGCUCCAUUUUUUGUGUUUAAAGUGUAGAAAAAUGACGGCAGCAACAGGAUCUAAAUGAACCAGUGUUACUCCAGCCUGUAUUAUUUUGGGAAGAAACCCAGUAUUGUGUUAUAAGAACUGACUAUGACUGAGCUACAGAAAUAUCCUGAAACGCAACCCGAAGCUACAAACUCCCCAAGAGUAAAGGCAUCGAAAACCCAGCACAUUGCAAGCAGCGAGUCUGUCUGCAUCCCCUGCUGUUCUGGGCAGGCGGGAGGAAGGCUCCUGCUCCGUCACUAUACAGGAUUAGCAGAGCAGAUGUUUUUAUUUCAAGCACCCAAAGCCAGUAUGAGCAAAAGUGUUAAAAUAUUUUUGUCAGUGUCUUGAGCAUUUCUGCAAAAUAAUUUAUGAAAGUUUUGUUGUUUUUUUUUAAUAAUGAACUUAACUUUCUUUUGAUAUUUAAUUUUUGAAUAUAUUUUUUCACAGAACUGGAUUUGCUGUAGUUAAUGAUCCUGAUUUCUUUUGUAAUUGUAAAUUUUAUAAUUUGUAAAAAAUUAGAAUGUCCUUCAAAAGAAAUUUACAAUAAAAUUUGGUUAAAAAUA